GCGGAUUUUAAAUCAGAAUAAUUAUAAAAUCGUGUUUUGAUCGGAGCAGAAACUGAUGAAACAAAAACAAACACAAACAGACGCUUUUUCUACUUCAGAUGAGGAAUUACAUCAGCUUCUUGACCAAUCACAGCUCAUUAUCAGAUGACGUCAGAGCCUCCACGACCAAUCCGGCGUCACCACGACGGUAGAAAAGAUUGCAGUCGCAUCCCUCCUCAGCAGUUGAGAAGAAUCGGGGAUCGAGUUAACGGGGAAAACUUCCGGUUUCUGCAGAGUUUAUCACGGACUCCCGGUGACAACGGAAUAUUCUAGCAUGGUGGUGGUAACAGCGGGGACCGGCGGAGCCCACAAAGUGCUCCUGAUUUCCGGGAAGCAUAACGGCUCGCAGACGGCCUUCAGCCGGCCGAUCUCCGUGGUCCUACCGGCCAGCCAGGUCUCGUCGGACUCGGACUCCAACACGUCUGCGGGGCCGCCGGUUCGGAAACGGCAGAGACUGACACACUUGAGCCCAGAAGAGAAAGCCCUUCGCAGGAAACUCAAGAACAGAGUGGCAGCCCAGACGGCCAGAGACCGGAAGAAGGCCAAGAUGGGCGAGCUGGAACAGCAAGUCAUAGAGUUGGAGCUGGAGAAUCAGAAACUUCACAUCGAGAACCGGCUGCUGCGAGAGAAAACGAGCAGUCUGCUGACCGAGAACGAGGAACUGAGACAGAGACUUGGGUUGGACGCCCUCGACUCUAAACCAAAGGUCCAGGCUCUGUUGUCCAACGGGAAUGACGCAGGAUUGGGGAUCGGGUCUUCUGAGUCCGCAGCACUCAGGCUACGUGUGUCCGCAGCAGGUGCAGGCCCAGCAAUCCCUAAAUCUGAAGACUUCUCAAUGGAUACGGAUGGUCCUGACUCUACAGACAAUGAGUCUGAUUUGCUACUGGGCCUUCUGGACAUCCUUGACCCAGAGGCGUUCCUUAAGUCUUGUGAAUCAGGGUGCAAGGAGCCGCAGGUGCUGCUGGUUGGAGGGGGGGACCCAGUACCUGCCGCCUCACCUACAUCUCUGGGGGCCUCAUCAGUUAAGCUGGAGACCCUUAAUGAACUGAUUCACUUUGACCACAUCUACACCAAACCAGUGGAGGAAGUGAGCGACUACUUGGAGAGAGACACGAAUCAGAAGAUGAGCGAGGCUUCCUUCUCAGCCGUGGUGGUGGGGGAGGAGGAGGUCGUCUGCAUCAAAGACGAGCCGGAGGAAGAGGUCAUCCCGACCUGUGACGAUGAAUGUCAAUCGGAUGACUUCUUCCCCGGAGACUCCUCCCCUGCCCCAAGACAACUGGAGAAGGAAGCCUGCCUGGCGGACUCCUACAGCGACUCUGGAUAUGAGGGGCCUCCUUCCCCUUUCAGCGACAUGUCCUCCCCCUUGUGUCCCGACAGCUCCUGGGAGGACAUCUUUGCUAACGAACUCUUUCCCCAACUUAUCAGUGUCUGAAUUCAGCUCCUCUGCCCAACAAGUUUCUAAUCGACAUACUGUAAAUACACACGAAAGCUAAUGUGUAGAUACUUUAAAGACAGUUUUAGUAGCACAGAACCGCUUUUAACCGGUUCUUGUAUAGAACCAUUACAGCAGGCCUGUACUGCCAGACAGACGGCUAAUUUUGGCAACGUUGGACGAGGAUGUAAGGUUGCCAACUAAUCUUUCACCCGCUCAGAGUAAAGUGGGUGGUUUCCAGUAUUUGUACAUUUGUUUGUGGGAUUGGGGACCCAUGAUGACUUCUUACACUUUAUUUAUUUGUGUAUCUGCUUCAGAGUCGUGUCCGCAUGUAAAGUUUCUCUUCAAAUUUUUGCUCACUCCUUGUAGUCUAAUCAUGGCAAUUAAAAUUUUUUUUUUUGCAUCGCA